CGUAGCUCGAAUUUCUUGGUAGAAUUGAUACCUAAGCCCAUACCUUAUAACUGUUUGCAUAGCGUGUGUCUUACUUACAUAAGGUACCAUUAACUUGUGGCUUUUGAUUUAGAAAGAAGGAGAGAAACACAAGAUGCGGAACCUUCUUCCAGGUAUGAUCGAAGUCUCCGUGGAAGGAGUUCGACCUGCCGUCCUCUCAAAGUUCAAUGACUCUGGAAUGAGCAGCACAAUCGUUCACAGGCGGGAUGCGUGCAAGUAUCGGUCCACCCCGUUUGUUAGUGAAGCCCAAAAAAUGUAUGUAAAAAUCGUCCUCUCGACUAGCCCUUUUAACAGGUCGGUCAGUCAACGUACAUCAGCUGAAGCUGCACCGAGCACGCAGUUGCCCGGCCUCUCCAAACUUGGUCGGCCGAGUUGGGUUGCAGAUUCAGUGGUUUGGUCCCCCUCUACGAGCCCUUGUCUUGUUGCCAGGCAUGGAGGCCACCAUCAUCGACUUGAAGCCUACCUUUGGUUUCGGGCUCAAGGUGCUGGGACUGCUGACCGAUAUCUUCCUGCUAGCUCACCUUUGAUGCAGCGUCAGUAUUGCCCUCGACUUGUGCAUCAUCCACAGCCUGAGUAGAUGAGAACCGCUUAAGACAUGAUUCGAGCGUGUCGGCCUUAGCGAAGCCAUGGAAUCUCCAAGCUAUCUCAGUGGAACGACCCGGUGAGAUCGCAGCGACAGAUAAUGGCAACCUGCCGACAUGACGUCGUUGUGUCAAAGGAACACGGGGCAUUCAGCGGACUGGCUCUCGCCAUUGUAUGAGCGAAGCCGGGGCCCAU